AUGUCCUCCCAACCCCCACCCCUCACCCAGCCCAUCGCCAACGCCGCCUCCUCCUCGCCCGACAUGUACACCACCUCCUCCGCCUUCUUCGAAGCCCUCUUUUCGGCCGGCGUCUCCCACGUCUUCGUCAACCUCGGCUCCGACCACCCGUCCAUCAUCGAAGCCAUGGUGCGCGGCAAGAACUCCCCCUCCACCUUCCCUCGCAUCAUCACCUGCCCCAACGAAAUGGUCGCCAUGUCCAUGGCAGACGGGUACGCCCGUCUAACCGGCCAGCCGCAGGCAGUAAUAGUGCACGUGGACGUCGGUACCCAGGGUUUGGGCGCUGCGGUGCAUAACUCUUCUGCUGGUCGCGCCCCGGUUCUCAUCUUUGCUGGUAUUUCCCCGAUCACCAUUGAGGGCGAGCUACGCGGGUCAAGGACCGAGUAUAUUCAUUGGAUCCAGGACGUUCCGGACCAGAAACAGAUUGUUGGCCAGUACUGUCGGUAUGCGGUGGAGCUGAAGACGGGCGUGAAUGUUAAGCAGAUGGUCAAUCGGGCGUUGCAGUUCGCUACGAGCCAGCCGCAGGGACCCGUGUAUCUGUGUGGAUCGAGAGAGGUCAUGGAGAUGGAGAUCCCCAAAUAUGAGCUCAACCAGAAACAUUGGAAGCCUGUGGAGCUGGGGGCUUUGGGGAAGGGAGCGGUGCAGGAGAUCGCGGCGGCGUUGGCGGGGGCUAAGAAGCCGCUUGUUGUUACUGGGUAUGCGGGCAGGAAUCAUGCUAUUCCUGGUGCACUGGUGGAGCUGGCUAAUACGGUUAAGGGUUUGAGGGUGUUGGAUACGGGAGGCAGUGAUAUGUGUUUCCCUGCUGAUCAUCCGGGUUGGUUGGGGUUGAGGUUUGGCAACGAUCAGUCUGUGGCCGAGGCGGAUGUCAUUCUUGUGCUGGACUGCGAUGUGCCUUGGAUCCCGACACAGAUUAAGCCUAGCAAGGACGCGAGGAUCUUCCAUGUCGAUGUUGAUCCCUUGAAGCAGGUCAUGCCGGUGUUCUACCUCGAGGCUGAGGCGAGGUACAGGGCUGAUCCGUUGACGGCUGUGGAGCAGUUGACGGAGAAGUUGAAGACUGAUGAGGAGCUGAAAAAGCAAUUGGAAAGUGAGGAGCGCGAGAAGAGAUGGAAGGAGCUCCAGGCUCAGCACAAGCAGAAGCUGGACGAGAUUUCCCAGCGCGCUCAACCCCUUGAAAACGGAGAGUAUGGCACUGGCCAUCUGUGCAGGAGGUUGAGGACUUUGUGCCCCGAGGAUACCAUCUGGGCUAUUGAGGCUGUUACCAACACGCUGUUUGUACACGAUAACCUCCAGCCUACGCUGCCUGGUUCGUGGAUCAACUGCGGUGGUGGUGGUCUCGGUUGGUCUGGCGGUGGUGCCCUUGGUAUCAAGCUGGCUUCUGAGGUCGAGGCCAAGAAGAAGGGUGGAAAGGGCAAGUUCGUCGUGCAGAUUGUCGGCGACGGAACGUUCCUGUUCUCGGUGCCGGGUAGCGUGUACUGGAUCUCCAAGAGAUACGGCAUUCCCGUCUUGACUAUUGUUUUGAACAACAAGGGAUGGAACGCCCCCCGUCGGUCUCUGCUCCUGGUCCACCCCGACGGACUCGGAUCCAAGGCUUCCAACGAGGACAUCAACAUCGAGUUCAACCCGUCGCCCGAUUAUGCGGGCAUUGCCAAGGCGGCUGCGGGUGGUGAUUUGUUUGCGGCUAGGGUUGACAACACGGCAGAUCUGGAUCGGGUGUUGAAGGAGGCCAUUGCCGCGGUCGAGGGGGGACAGAGUGCCGUGGUUGACUGCAAGGUGGCCAUGGGAUCUUAG